GCGCCGGGAGAAGAGACGACACUUUCAUGGAGGGGGCGGAGGCGGAAGCGCGGGAGGGGGCCGCUGUGGCCCGGGACCUGCUGGCCUUGGGGUAUGAGGGCUUCUCGGGGGCGCCGUCGCUGGGCACCUCGUGUCCAGACUUCAGGGCGCUGUGCGCGCGGCUGGCGGCGGAGCUGGCGACUCUGGGCGCCCUGGAGCGGGAGCGAGGGGAGAGCGCGGAGGCUCUGAGAGCCGACGACGGCCCCGGCGCCGAGGAAGAAUUCCUGCGACAGUUGGCCGGCCUGCUGCAGGAGUUGCACUGCCCAGACCGCGCGCUCUGCGGCGGCGAUGGCGCGGCGGCGCUGCGGGAGCCCGGCGCGUGCCUGCUCCUGCUGCGCUUUCUCUGCUCGGAGCUCCAGGCUGCCCGCCUCCUCCGUUUGUACCCCCGGCUGGAUCCCAGCCCCGCACCGCCCUGCGGAGAAGGGGCAGAGGAGGGAGCUGGCAUGGUCCAGGAACUGAUCCUUACCCUCCAAGCUCUGGGGCUGCCCAGACCCACGCCUGGGACCGCCGCCAGCCGGCUGCUGUGGGAGUUGCAUGACAAGGGCCAUGGGGGAACUGGAAUCCACGGAGAGUACAUCUGGUUUCUGCCCGGUCAACCUCAGACUCCCUUCUCCCGUCAGAUCUCUGAGCUGCUGCCUUCCCUGCCCCCAGGGUUCCUACAGCCCCUCCUCAGCUUCCCGCUGGACGCACCCAGAUGGGAGGCAUUGGACUCUCUGUGCCAAAGGCUGGGAGAUCAGUACUGCUGCCGCCGCUGCCUGCUCCUGAAACGCCUGGACCUCACAACAUCUUCUUUCCACUGGAGUGAUCGGGCGGAGGCCCAAGGAGAAGCCAUGAAGGCAGUGCUGAUCCCAAUUCGAGAGGCUCUGACCCCAGAAUCAGAUGUCUCUGUUGCACACGUCCUGGCUGCCCGAGCAGACCUGUCUCGUCUUGUCCCAGCCACCAGCAAGGCUGCCCGCCGAGGGACCUGCUGUGCCAUCAACAAGGUGCUUAUGGGCAACGUGCCAGACCGGGGGGGCCGUCCAAAUGAGCUGGAGGCUCCCAUGCCCAGCUGGCAGAGCAGAAGAGAGGAUGGAGGUGGGCGGAAGGCAGGCCGCCAGAACUGGGGUCGCAAGAAGAAGAAGAAGUAAAGGGGGACUGGUGGUUUGGGGGGGUCCUCUGUGAUAUGCUAAUGCCAUUGGUAAUCCUUGGGGAGUCACUGUGGGUUUCUCUUGGUAUCUGGCUCCCAGGCCCCACAUCCCCUGCUCCUAAGGUCCCAAAUGUCCUCCCGCCAUCCACCACUCAACAGCAAGGACCAUGUUCUCUGGAAAAUAAAUUUAAUUUAUGACA